UCAUAUCAUACAACAACUUGGUUCUUCUCUCUUGCUACAUAUUCCUAUUUGGUAUUAUGAUGAUGAAGACUUUGAGCAUCCUUUUGAUUUUUUCGUUGCUAAGCAAUGGAAAUUUGCUUGGACGGGUAGAAGCAAGGUCUCUCAAUACGAUGAGUGCAGCAACUACGGACGAUUUCUUGCCCAUACCACCCAUUGGAACUCUGAAGCAGUCUACUUUGAGCAUUGGUGAGGGCCACAACUUCAAUGAUGCCAAUACUCUUGCUAAUGUCAAAGCAUCUGGCCCAAGCCCGAAAGGCGGUGGCCAUCAAGGCCACAACUUCAAUGAUGUCAAUACUCUUGCUAAUGUCAAAGUAUCUGGCCCAAGCCCGAAAGGCGGUGGCCAUCAGGGCCACAACUUCAAUGAUGCCAAUACUCUUGCUAAUGUCAAAGCAUCUGGCCCAAGCCCGAAAGGCGGUGGCCAUAAGGGCCACAACUUCAAUGAUGCCAAUACUUUUGGUCACAUCAAGGACUACAGCCCGAGAACCAACGUUGCCCACAACUUUGCUGUCGAUGCCGAUACUCUUGCUAAUGUCAAAGCAUCUGGCCCCAGCCCUGGCGGCGGUGGCCAUCAUGGAUGUUGUUAAUGAUCCAGCUUUUUAAUGCUUAGACAAAAGUCGCUUUAAACACAGUGAAUAAAGAGCGAUUUUAUUAAUA